UUAAAUGUUAUUGAUGUAGAGAGGAUAAAAUGAGUUCUGACUGGGUGGGGUGCAGGGUAUCCCUUGACUGCGGGGGUCUGGGACACUUCCAGGGCAUCAUCUCUAUGGUAUCCCUUGAUGACUCCUCUAUAUCACUAAGAAAUCCCUUCCAGAAUGGGUUACCCUGCAAGUUCCCUGCGAUCACAUUAAACGGAUCAGAUAUCCAGGAUCUACGUAUACUAGAAACUAAAGAAGAGGUUGCUCUGUCCGAAUCAACAGAAAAAUCCCGCAGCACUGUUAUUGUUUCAGAGAAGAAAAGAGCUAAGCCUGCUCCCACCAAGAAUGGGGGCAAGGACGAGAGAAGAACAAACUCGGCCCUUGAUAAGAGGACAGGAGGAUUCCAGCCUCUAAUGUCCUAUAUCCUCGAGAACAAGCAGUCCCGACAAUCUCCGAAACAUGGAGCAGAGGAGUUUCGAGGACAGCCGAAGGGUGGGACUCGAACCCCAAACCGUCGAUACAAAGACGAAGAUUGUUUCAGUCCCUCGGUGUUCGAUAUUAAUGAGGAUUUUGAUUUCGAGAAAAAUUUGGCAUUGUUCGACAAACAUACUAUUCUAGCAGAGAUUGAUCAGGAAUUUGCAAACAAACCUGAUAUAAUUCGUCUAGUGGACUGCAACCGACGACCCCCAGAACCAAAAUAUAAAAACGACGAAAACAUUCUUGGUAACUUCGUCACAGAGUAUAGACAGAUAGAUACAGGAGAGGUUAUGGAGACGGAAUACGUUACAGACUCUGGGCUAGUUGUUCCAGCAAUAAGCUUUCAGCUUAGGUUUAGACUACAGGAAAGAUUAGAGGAUCACGGUUUCGGAUUGAGUAAGCAGACAGAAUUGAUGGGCCGUGCAGCUACAGAACUUUGUCUCCAACUUCUCGGUGGUCAGCACAGACUUGCCGUUAAUAACACACAUCAACUCCCUCUAGCGGUAUUCCUAUGCGGCACUAGCAGGCCAGCUGUUUUCGGUUUAACAGCUGCCCGCCACCUGGCCGGUCACGGUGUACGGACCCAGGUCUACCUUCCGGAAACUGGAACACAGUCCGGAAUUCUGGAACAGGAACUAAGGCUUUACAGGCUUACAGGAGGGAAGGUUGUUACUAAGGCUAAAGAUCUUCCGAAAGGCUCAGUAGACGCAGUUGUAACUGCACUAGAGGAUGAGGAGAUGUGGUCACAGCAGAGAAUACAGCCCUGGCACAGAGCAGCUGUAGCCUGGGCCGAGGGGUUGAAGGCUCCUGUUCUUUCAAUAGAUCCACCCCCAGAACUACCAGCUCUUAAUCCUAGAAUGACCCUGGUGAGCCUACUGCCCCUGGCGCACCCGGCACAGUGUGGGAAUCUGUACCUGGCUAACCUAGGGGUUCCUUGUAAUGUAUUCAAGGAGGUGGGAAUAAAGUUUGCAUCUCCUUUCGGAGCCAAAUUCGUUAUCCAGCUCCAUUCUAUGCAGCAGUAGAUCAUCCUCUUCUACUAGAUCUAUCCAGCUCCAUUCCAUGCAGCAGUAGAUCAUCCUCCUCCACUAGAUCUGACAACCAUCUAGUUUUUAUUGUUUUAACAUAUCAGACAUUCAUUAAUUGUAAUAACGAAUUAAACUUGUCAGUUCAUAAAUUUUUUUAACUUAUCAUUCUGGGACCAAAUUUACGAAUAGUAAGAAAUAAUUUUCCUUCACAGGCUAAGUUGAACCACUUCUAUUGAACUGGAACUGGUUCAAAAGCGAUGUGGUUCAACUAAGUUGAACCACUUCUAUUGAACUGGAACUGGUUCAAAAGCGAUGUGGUUCAACUAAGUUGAACCACUUCUAUUGAACUGGAACUGGUUCAAAAGCGAUGUGGUUCAACUAAGUCAACGUUGUUUGAACUACUAGCUACUCAAUAAUUUGGUCCCUGGACUAGCUACUCAAUAAUUUGGUCCCUGGACUUUCUAUUUAUGUAUUCAUUCAAAAUCUCUCGGGCAUUUAUUAUGUUAGUUCAGCUAAACGAUAUUUUCAAAGCAAUGUCCAUUUUAUAAUCACUAUCUACUAAUAUUUGUAGCGUUCAUCUAAAUUAUGAAUCUAUUUAGUUGAGUUUUAAUUUAAGCCGUUGAAUGGACAAAAAUCUCUUAAACUGGGAUUUGAAUAUUAUUCCACCAAAAUCUCAAAUAAUCAUAUUGUGUUUCUUCUACCCGCGGACAGUGGUGGAUUUCUGCGAAAACUUUCUGUGCCUGAAAUAGCUCCAUGUAUAAAAAGUGGAGGGAAACAUGUAUACCUUAGUAUUAUUAUCACUUUGUAAUCAUAAUCUACAUUGUUAAUUUAAAAGGUGAAAUUAUUUUAUUUUCAGAA